GAGGAGGACGACUCGCAAGAAUCCGCUCGCUGCUGUGUGCACAGCCGGAAUCAUGUCGAGUUUGGCGGUGAGAGACCCGGCAAUGGAUCGAUCACUGCGUUCCGUGUUCGUGGGGAACAUUCCGUAUGAGGCAACGGAGGAGCAGUUAAAGGACAUUUUUUCGGAGGUUGGUUCUGUUGUCAGUUUUCGGCUGGUGUACGAUAGAGAGACGGGGAAACCCAAGGGUUAUGGCUUCUGCGAGUACCAAGACCAGGAGACCGCGCUUAGUGCCAUGCGGAACCUGAAUGGGCGGGAGUUCAGCGGCAGAGCGCUUCGGGUGGACAAUGCGGCCAGUGAAAAGAACAAGGAGGAGUUAAAGAGCUUAGGGCCUGCAGCGCCCAUCAUUGACUCACCCUAUGGGGACCCCAUCGAUCCGGAAGAUGCCCCAGAAUCGAUUACCAGAGCGGUCGCUAGUCUCCCCCCCGAGCAGAUGUUUGAGCUGAUGAAGCAGAUGAAGCUCUGUGUCCAAAACAGCCACCAAGAAGCUCGAAACAUGUUACUUCAAAACCCUCAACUGGCUUAUGCGCUGUUGCAGGCGCAGGUAGUGAUGAGAAUCAUGGAUCCAGAGAUUGCUCUGAAAAUUCUGCAUCGCAAGAUACAUGUGACACCACUGAUCCCAGGCAAAUCUCAGCCUGUCUCUGGCCCCGUCUCUGGCCCCGGCCCUGGCCCUGGCCCUGGGCUCUGCCCAGGACCUAAUGUUUUGCUGAACCAGCAGAAUCCUUCAGCUCCUCAGCCUCAGCAUUUGGCUAGAAGACCUGUGAAAGACAUUCCCCCUCUGAUGCAGACCCCUAUCCAGGGUGGAAUUCCGGCCCCGGGGCCCAUACCAGCUGCGGUUCCUGGACCUGGUCCUGGUUCCUUAACUCCUGGUGGAGCUAUGCAGCCCCAAGUUGGAAUGCCAGUGGUUGGUCCAGUGCCUUUAGAACGGGGGCAGGUGCAGAUGUCGGAUCCUAGAGCUCCUAUGCCUCGUGGACCCAUGACUGCUGGUGGACUACCUCCUCGAGGACUGUUAGGAGAUGCUCCAAAUGACCCACGUGGAGGGACUUUGCUUUCAGUCACUCACACUGGAGAAGUAGAGCCCAGAGGCUAUCUUGGGCCACCUCAUCAGGGUCCCCCCAUGCACCAUGCCCCUGGUCAUGACAGCCGUGGUCCUUCCUCACAUGAGAUGAGGGGAGGGCCAUUAGCAGAUCCCAGAAUGCUCAUUGGAGAGCCCAGAGGACCUAUGAUAGACCAACGGGUUCUACCUUUGGAUGGUAGAGGUAGUAGAGACUCUCGAGGGAUGGAGACUCGAGCCAUGGAAACUGAGGUCUUAGAGACACGUGUGAUGGAAAGAAGAGGAAUGGAGACCUGUGCAAUGGAAACCAGAGGGAUGGAAGCAAGAGGCAUGGAUGGAAGAGGCAUGGAGAUACGAGGCCCUGGCCCAAGUUCCAGAGGCCCUAUGACCAGUGGAAUCCAGGGUCCUGGCCCCAUUAAUAUGGGGGCAGGUGGUCCUCAGGGGCCCAGGCAGGUCCCAAGCAUUUCAGGGGUGGGGAAUCCUGGAGCUGGCAUGCAGGGAGCAGGCAUGCAAGGAGCAGGUAUGCAGGGGACAGGCAUACAGGGGGCAGGCAUGCAGGGAGCGGGCAUGCAGGGAGCGGGCAUGCAGGGAGCAGGCAUGCAAGGAGCGGGUAUGCAGGGAGCAGGUAUGCAGGGAGCAGGUAUGCAAGGGGCAAGCAUACAAGGAGUAGGCAUGCAGGGAACAGGUAUACAGGGGGCUGGCAAGCAAGGUGGAGGCCAGUCUAGCAGUUUUAGUCCUGGGCAGAGCCAAGUGACUCCACAGGAUCAAGAAAAGGCGGCUUUGAUCAUGCAGGUUCUUCAACUGACUGCAGAUCAAAUUGCCAUGCUGCCUCCUGAGCAAAGGCAGAGUAUCCUGAUUUUAAAGGAACAAAUCCAGAAAUCUACUGGAGCUUCUUGAAAGGUUUCAGAAAAUACUUGGCAGUAAUCCCAGAAAGUUUUUUUUGUAGCAUGGAGAAUGGGUGCAAAUAGCUGACUUCUGCAUCCCCACAGUUGAAUGAUUAGGUUUCCUCCUGCCAGAACCUAAUCUCGUU